AUGAGCUACUGGAAGCAAGUCAUUAUUCGUGAUGUUUGGGCACACAAUUUAGAGGAUGAAUUCAAUCUCAUUCGACAAGUUAUACAUCAACAUCCUUUCAUCUCAAUGGAUACAGAAUUUCCUGGCGAAAUUCAUUCGUCACCCAAAAUCGUCUAUAGUUGCUUGAAGGCCAAUGUUGACGCUCUUAAACUCAUUCAGAUUGGUCUCACCCUCUCUGAUUCUAGUGGAAAUCUUCCUGAUUUUGGAAGCAACAACAGCUACAUCUGGCAAUUUAAUUUUUCUGAUUUUAAUGUCAAUAGUGAUCCUUGUAAUAAACUUUCCAUUGAUAUGCUCCGUCGUCAAGGAAUUGACUUUGAUCGCAAUUUCCGUGAUGGUGUGGAUUCUGGGCGUUUUGCUGAACUAAUGCUAUGGUCCGGACUUGUUUUUAACAAUGAUGUUGUUUGGGUCACAUUCUGCGGCGCCUAUGAUUUUGGAUAUUUGGUGAAGGUUUUGACUCGAAAGAAUUUACCGAAUAGUUUGGAGGAUUUUUUAUAUUUAGUUGAAGGGUUGUUUGGAAAGAGUGUGUACGACAUGAAACACAUGAUGAAGUACUGCUACUAUUUGUUCGGCGGUCUCGAAUCCGUAGCUUCUACCCUUAAUGUAAGGCGGGUGGUUGGAAAUUCACAUCAAGCGGCAUCGGAUAGCUUGUUAACUUGGCAUGCAUUCCAGAAAAUGAUGGAGAUUCAUUUUAUGAAUAAUGAGGCUACUCAGCAUGCUGGAGUGCUAUUUGGAUUAGAAAUUUUAGCUUAUUGA